CACCCGCCUGUGGCCGCCUAUUCGCAUGUGGCUUAGAUAGGGAGAAGCUGACGGAUAAUAAUGAUCAAAGGCAGCCCAAAGCAACAACUUGUCGCCCACUAAGACGCAGGUUUGGCUGAUCCGCACAGGGCACCCACGGCCACCACACACCACACCUCACCUUCCCCUUCGAACCUCCCCAUCAGCACAUCUCUUGCCCAGAACCUACAGUUCAUGUCUCCCUUUUCUCUGCGUGCCUCUUUUCCUCAUUGAAUUCUCCUUGGUUAGAUCCUCGGUCUUGCUUCGAUUUUUCCUCAUGCAGCAACCAUAGCGUCUAUUUUCAAUUGGCCUUCGAACGUCGAUGACCUGGGGAGUCAUCCCGCCCGACGAAGAUGCACAAAAUCAGCAACUUCACCGGCCAGGCUCGUCAUGGCUGGGAACGGAUGACUCCAGCAGCGUUUGGCAUGUCUAGAUUUCAUCAGGACAUGUCGUCGCCGCAACCACUGAGACGUCCUCAGGGUUCUCCCGGAAUCGUUCCUCAGCCGUCAACCGAUUCCUGCCCGGUUAAUCUCUCCUUCAAUGUCCCAUUUGCCUCCAACCUUGCCGGUCCCGACCCAGAGGAGAUCCUUCAUUCGAGUCCAGGUGCAUUCCAGCGGUGGACAUUCUCCACCGACACACCAGAGGGAACGCCUAUCCACAAACUGCCUGUUCACGUACAAAAUGAAGAGAGACUGCGCUCGUUAUGUGCCUACAUCAGCGAGCAGAGUGGAGGUCAUAUUCAGGCUACUGUCACGUCCGCGGAGCCGAAGGCGGGUCCUGCGCUGCACAGAAAAUCACAGGGACUGGUGACCAAUGUUUGCAUUUCUGGGGAUGGAGACCUGGUCUACAAGAUGAGGUCAAAGGUUCUCAAUGAGACCCCAAUCAUGAUGCGGUCUGCAGUCGUGGACAUUGACCCGGGCUUAAUCCUCGACAGCGCCGAGACUGGCAUUCGCUCGAGCGUUCUCAGCCACAUUGACCUGUGUGCCAAGUACACUGGAACCGAUAUCUUCCUUCUGAAGCCUCGAAAUGGCGAAACUUUCGCAACUGGUGCGUCUUACGGAAACGGCGUCGACAGCGGACUUGACCAGCGCUACCGAGUGAACAUUUUCGGCGACAUGGAGAGUGUCGAACAUGCCAAAACACGAGCCUUGAUGAUGAUUGACCAGAUUCUCAAGCACAAGAUCGACGUCAUCAAGUUGGAAGUCACGAUGCAUACAUUGGUCUCGGGUCGUACGGGAAAGAGCAUCAAGAUGAUCGAAUCUGCCACGAAGACCGCCAUCUACUUCCCACCUCCUUUUCCUGGAGUCUUUGGCUACGUCCCUCCGCAUGCCACGCGCCGUGCUGCCGACGAGAUCUUUAUCACUGGCGAGACACAGGAACGAAUCAACCAGGCAAAGCAGAAAUUGAAAGAGCUGGUCAUGAGCAUCAAACUAUAUUCCAAGGAUGUGGUGGUGUCUGCCAGCAAAAUCGACAAUAUCCUGCUUGACAGACUGGACAAAGUGCGAAAGAUUAUGGAGACCAACGGCUCUCAUAUACUCUUUCCUCAAUUAGCCAGCCAACGGGGCGUUGUGCGCGUUCAGGGCACCGAGGUCCUCCACGUGGAGAGAACUGUGAAAGAGAUCAUGGCUCUUACCGGCCAGUUCUUCAGCGCCUCGUGGUGGAUUAUGAUGCCAGAUCCAGCACAGGGUCCUGCCAUCCGAGCGCCUUCUCCAGAUGAUGUCCGCAUCAUGUUGAGUGACAUCUGCACAAACUCAGGUGCCGACAUUAGUUUCGAGAAAUUUACGUUCACGAUCAAUGGCUCCGACGACGCUGUCAAAGCAGCUAUGAUGGUCAUCAACCAAAUUCCAUUUGUCAAGAGAACACCGUACCAGAUCCGAGUCAAGAUCGAACUUGCCAACGAACACAAGGAGUUUGUCAGCGGCAAGAAGAAUGGCAAAAUUAACAAGAUCAUGGGACAGAGCAAUGUACAAAUCAUAUUCGACGGCUUCAACGAAUACAACUUCUACAUUGAUGUUGUAGGCAGUCAGUAUGAAGCCGUCAAGAACGGUCUGGAUUUGGUCGAACAAGAGAUGCCAGCCUCCAUUUCUUUCCACGUUCCGGAUCAAUACCAUAAGCGCAUUAUCGGCAUCGGUGGUCAACAUAUCCAGCGCAUUAUGAAAAAGUAUUCCGUUUUUGUCAAAUUCUCCAACGCUAUGGAUCGGGGAGGAGUCGGAAAAGAUGAAGACGAUAUCAAGGUUGACAAUGUGAUCUGUCGUACGCCCGCACGCAAUGCGCAAAGCUUGGAUCUGGUGAAGCAGGAAAUUAUGGAUAUGGUGGAGAAAGUUGACGCCGAGUUCGUUGCCGAAACUGUGGUCAUCAACAGGCUCUAUCAUCGCGAGCUGAUCUCUAGAUUACCUGAGAUCGAAGACCUGGAGAAGAAAUGGAACUGCAAGAUUGACUUUCCUAACACAGAACAAGCUAGUGACAUUGUCACCAUCUCAGGACCAGAAUAUCAAGUCCCACAAGCGGUAGAUGCAUUUCUGGGAAUGGUUCCCGAGAGCCACGAGAUCGCCUUCCAGAAGUCGGAUGAUCUGGAUACUUUCUUCACCGGACCUGAAUUCCACAACGAUCUCCGUCAGAAACUGCAAAGUCAGUAUGAAGUUGAUGUGCAUGCCAAUCCGGAGCUUAGCAGCUUGCCAAAGUCGGCCACCACCUCUGUUGAACGCUUUGUUGGUCCUACCGAAGGACGUCUUAUCCUCACCUAUACACGGAACAAUGCGGGAGGAUUGAAGGACGCCAUUGAUUAUCUCAUCUCCCAGCUUGUCCCUCACGGUCUCGACGCUACAACAGUCCAAGGUGCUAUUCCGCGUCCAAAGUCUGAUUCAUUCGAAGAUUCUCUUCCAUUCUUCGAUUCCAAGCUAUUGCAAAACGCACCCUCUAUCCACUCCACGGACUCCCCAACUCGAUCCAAUUUCGCAGACGGAGAAAAUACGCCAGUGUCUGAACGAGCAUCUCUGUUUGAUCGUUUGCGCAAACCCGGCAGCAUCUCAUCCUUCUCUUCGUUCAUGAGCCGCAAGAAUCAGAACAACUCUCCGGGAACCUUCUUUAAGCACGCUUCUUCUAAUGCCAGCAAGGCGUCCCUGAUCUCCAUGGAAAGCCGUGAGAGCGGGUACCGGAAUUUCUGGAACGAUAGCGGCGUCAAUCUACCUGAAGAAGACGUUUCUGCCUCCUCGAUCAGUAAUGGCUGGCCAUCACGUUUUCAGGAGAACAAAUUUCCCUUUGGCACAGGUAAUUCUGUGUCCGGGGACAGGACGCCAAAGCACGAGCCUCCCCGUGCAAGUUUCGACUCUGGAAGACCGCCUACCUCGCAUUCCCUCUCUUCCUAUCCCGGCCCCUUUGCGCCACAACACCACAAUCAGAUUCCAGGAGGCACCAAUGGAUCGACCAACAAUCUCAAUCUCCCCCUACGCUAGACUUCCUCAAGUCUAUGUUGAUCAAAUAUGACGAAUGAUACCCUGACAUCGAUAUGGAAUCAUGAUUUAUCUGCUCUUAUGUCCAGCAAGAUACCCUAUGAUGCUACAAUGAAAAAAGCACGUGCGGAGGUCAGCAAGUUUGGUGUAUCGCUUGAGAGGUGAUCAAGCGUUGUUAUGUAUGUCUUGUGUUGUCUUUUCGCUUUGGCCUUGAAUGCAUGAAGGAACUGUACGCCUUCAAACGACGCUCUUUAUUUAUGAUUUUGGAAGAUACCCGGCACGUUGUUCUGCAGGUGGUUGUUGCAUCUUGCUUAGCCUUGAGACACAAAAAGCUACGACUUGCGUCAGGUUCAAAAAUUGGCCCCAAAAGAAUGAAAUAUACCCCAGGAAGCUAUUUAGAUGAAAUGCCUAAGUUCAA